AUGGGAAACAAAAUCCUAACUGAGAGCGCGGGGAAUGGCCUCGACAAUCUUAGCAUCAAGAUGAUGAACGCAGACCAAUUUUUCUGCAAGCAGACAUAUUCUAAAUUCGCAAAAAACCUAGUGUACGAUAUAGAGCAGAAUAAAGAAAAGAUUAAAAAUAUGUUUGAGAGUUUUGAUAAGGAGAACCAGAAGUAUUCGGAUAACCAGAAAGGAGACGACCCGCUUGAGGAUCUUGAGGUCAAUGAAAUCCUCAUGACUGGGUUUUAUAAGCCGGACAUGAGUCUUCAUGAAAUCAAAAACCCAAGGUUUGAGAAAUCAUACCAGAGCCCACCCAUUGAGAAGAUUAACGAGAACCUUCUGCUUAGUAGAAAAUACGGUAAACUUUACAAGCUGUAUUGGUUUAUGAGAGAACUUUCCAAAAUUGAUACAAAUGUCAAAGAAGAUUUUAUCAAAGAUCUCAAAGGAAUUAGAAACAGAAGUGAAGACCCUAAGAAGAAGAACCUCUCUUGAGUCAAUCCGACUAUGAGUAUUGAUUUGCUGAAAAUCCUUGAGAAAAACUGUUUCGAAUCCCUUGAAGAAGUAGUGCAGAACCUUUAUGUCUCCUUCAGAGAAGUGCAGAAAGUGGAUCUUCUUCCUUCAAAUGAAGAUUUUUAUUACAGAGAGGAGAUUCUCAAUUCUUACAGAGAUUUCCUUCUAGAGAUCUUUCAGUCUGAAAAGGCGAGCACUAAGCUUAAAGAGCUUAUCCUUAGAGUUAUCCUAGUUAUUGCUGAUCUUAGAUCUUCAGGAGAGGACUACCUGAUCGUCUAUAACAUCUUAUGCUCGGAAAGCCUUAGCUUUGAUGUAGAAAAGGAGAUCUUCAUGAACAAGUAUUUCAGCAAAAAUCUGACAAUUUCUGACAAAAAUAAAGCCAAGUUUGAAUUAAACAAUAAUAGUUCUGAUGCCUUCAAGUUCUUUUUGAAGCACGAGGAAUGCAAAAUAACACCUAGACUGGUCACAACUCAAGGGCAAGAAUUUAUAUACUUGAGGUUUAAACACUGCUCAAACCUAAACAAGAUGAAGAAUAAUAUAUUGGUCAAAAUUUGCCAUAAAAGAUCUUUCUCUUGAGACCCAGGGUUUGCAGAGGUUGAUAAGCUUAUUCCAAAAACAGAAGGGUCUAUUGAGAGCCUUGUUCCCAUUGGAGACAGAUUAUAUGCAAUGCUUAAGCUAUGAAAUGGCUCUUCCGAGCUUAGAGAGGUCAACCCGAUCUCUCUUGAGCUCACUAAAUGAUCUGAAUGGGAAAACAUGAUGAAAAAUACGCAAGAAUCUAGAGAAAAAGACUUUAAUAUGCCAGUUUUGUAUGGAAAAGAGCGAACAGAAUUUAAGAAAGUCUUUAAGAAAGGAAAGUUAGACAGCUAUAGAAAGAUCGAGAAUCAUCACCUCUUUACAGAUGGAAAGACUCACAGCAAAGGGUUUCUUUACCAGUUGGUAGAGUACGUAAAGAAAAAUGACAAAAAUAAGGAGUUCUUACACUAUGAAAUAGAGAUAUUCUCAUCAGAGGAUUUCACGUUCAUUAGAAGUGUAAAGUUAGACCUCGAUCCUAUAUUUGAAGAGGGCAUCUCUGAUGAAGAGGCUAAUAAAAUUUUGUGUCAAACGGAACAUUUCAGAGAAAGGAUCGAACAAAAGGAGACGAAAAAUGAGUUUUUAGCAACUGAUGGAAAUACACUUAUGUUUUCAGAUGAAAAUACUAUGUAUUUCUUUUCUCUAGAGACUGGAAAGCGUUAUAAGUAUAUAGCGAAAGCUCCUUCUAGUGCUAUUUGAGGCUAUGACACUGAAACAUGCUUAUUUCAGUAUAUUUCACAAAGAAGAAUGCACAAAUCAAUAUUCGGAUUUCGAACCUUUAAAAUUAAUGGCUUCGGAUCUAAACUCCUUCAGAAACAUUACCCUCAAUGAAUGAAUCUAGAAAUUUGUGAAAAUCUGAAGUUUGAAGGAGAGAGUAAAAACUUUGAAGACAAAUCUUUCCAAUUAAAAUUGAACCAGAAAAUUGAAGAAGAGUCUAAAUCAGAGGACAAGACUAACCAUUCACAGAAUCUGAUAUGACACCUCCUUAACAUGAACUGUGAAGAUAGUCAAAACAAGCUCUUUGAGCUUGAACAACUAAGAGAUUCAAACCAAAAUAUGCCCUUUAACAAUAAAGCAGAAGUAUAUCGGGGAGUUUCUUCAAUUAAUAUCUCUAUAAAAUUCUUUAGAGAACUCACAAAGUCUCUAGAGAGCUGUGAGGCUUUCACAAAGAAGGAAGGAUUCUCACAAGAUCCUAACCUACAGUAUAACUUGCUCUGAAUUAUGAACAUUACGUAUACUCUUCUGAAGUCACUCUCAUUGCUGAACCUCAGCUUGAGACAACUCGGUGCUGAAAAUACUGAGAGAGACAAAUUUAGAAAAUUAGUAGAGGCUGUCAUUAACUUUGGUGGAUCUCAAGGAAAAGGUCAAGACCAGAGUCAUAGUAAAGAGUUAAACCCAACUCAUAUUUCUACCCAAAUCCAACAGAAGGGGCAGGAAAUUAAUCGUAUCUUCAUUAAGUCAAUGUUCUCCUCAAAAGAAGAUGCUUUAGAAGAGUUAGUAACUAUCUUAGAUAUGUAUAAGAAAGGAGAGAUGACAGGUUUUGGUAUUGAGUUUAUUAGAUUCCUCGCUUCCUCGAAAUUGAUGCAGGAGAUAGCUCAAACAGAGAUAGCCCAAUCCUGAUUCGAGUUGUUCUCAGCAGAAAUUUGAUCAAAGCUUUGUAGAGAAUUAGAAGCAAUUACAACACAGAAUACAGUAGAGCCAAUUUAUUUUGAAAGCAGAGAGAAAGCUGCAUUGGAGUUCAUGCGGUCUUACUUCCAGUUCAGACUUCUAUACUUCUUCCAGGAAGAACUUAGAGAAGAACACAUCUCCUCUGAUCCAGGAGCUUUAAUGAUUCAAGAAGAGAAUAUUGAACAGAUGCUUAAAAUUUACUUUGUCUUAAUUGAAAACUCCUCAAAGAUAUUCAAAGUUGCCAAAGAAGCUAUCUCAAAACAUGUGAAUGAAGAAGAGGUCUUCAAAGAUUCGGCAUCUCAAGAUCUAGUUGCUUUCCAAGACAAGGUUGUUUACAUAUCCUUACAACUAAAUAAAUUCUAUACUAUGAUCAGUACUUUUUUGGCUGCUCUGAGUGAAGAAGAAGUACUGCAAAAGACAAUUGGUUUGAAUAUCUUGGCCACUGAAACUUUAACUUUCAUUAAGACAGUACAAGAUUUUCAUGGAUUAUCUAGAAAAUUCAAACUCGGCGUGAAACAAGACUCGAUCAGUCACAAAAGGAUGCAAGCUCUCAGAUAUUCUCUCGAAGAUUGGACUCUUUCACUUAUAGAUAUUAGCCAAAAAUUUAUGAAAAUACAUAAGACAGAUGAUAAAAAUAUAGGGGCUCUGGUUCAGUCACAGAUCUUGUCAGGAGGAAUCAAGAGCAACUUUGUGCACACUUUCACUCCAAAAUCUCUUGAGAUUAUCCAAUAUUAUUGCUCUACGAUUAAAGAUCAGAAUCUACUGAACUUGAUUAAUGCGAAAAACCUAACAGAUGACUACGAGAUGAUGCUAGCUAUUAUUCAUCAAGGCAAGAAGCCAGGAGUAGACCAGCUUAUAGACCUACUGCAACAAGAUCUUCUCCAAAGAGAUAUUACAGCUAAGGUUGGAGGAAAUGAGGGCAUGAUAGUCUCUAGAUGUGCUUUUGCAGCUAAUUUAUCCCUCAAUCAAUAUGAUGAAACCUGCAGUUUUGUUAAUAUAUCUAUGAUUAUAGAUCAACUUGACUUGAUCAAGGAAGAAAUUGACCCAAACUUGUCUGAAAAGGAAAAAAAUAAUGAGCUAUUAGAGGAGCUCAAACUUUCAGCAAACGUUCAAGGGAUCAUUGAUCGUUGGAAAAUAGCGAACAAAAUGAGAAUCUGGCUUCAAGGAAAGAGGAAAGAUAUUUCUAAUAAGUCUUGAUCUGAAGAUAAGAUCAAUACUUCCCCAAAAGAAGAAACUAAAGAGGAGCCAAGAGAAGCCAGUAAGGUAGAAGGUAUCCCUGAAGAAGAUACUAUUGAACAGGUUAUCCAAGAAGUUAUCAAGAAAGCAGAGCUAAUAAUCAGACUAUCCCCACCUAGCUCAUGGAAUCAAUCCGAUUCUUCAGAAGAGAAUCUUCAAAGAUUUGACUCUUAUACUAUAAAUAUGACUAAAAAGUAUGGCAUUGCUACUGAGAGGACUGAAGUUGAGGAUAUAGAAAUUGACAAUAAGGAUGCAUUCAAUAACUUCAGCAAUAAAGAUAUAUUUAACUCAUGAGCUGCCUCUGUUUUAGCAACACUUCAGUCUGAUGUCUCAGCAUCUGAGAUACUACAAUCUAUUGAAAGGAAUUACAAGAAUGCUAUCUUUAGAGACCUUGGGCUUAAACUGAUAUCUAAGAUAAAUACCUUGCCUGUCCCUUUCUCUGUUCACAAACACUCGCUGAACUCACUUUGCUUGGCCUUCAGGGAGAAUUCUAGAAGCCUUGCUCAUUACUCAGAUAAUCUUAAUGCUAUUGGAGAUUACAUGCUGUCAAAAAUCAGAAUUUCUUUCUUUGAACUUUAUAAAAUGACCAUCCAAAAGUUAUCGACUAGUAAAGAUGAAAAUGAGCUGAUAUUUUUAUUGAACUUCUUAAGGUGGAAAAUAAGUGCUUCUGACCACCAAGAUCUCUUGCAAAGUGGAAUCACAAAGGUUCUUUCAAGUGUUAGUAAUGAUAUAUUAAAGCUUAAGGGAGACAUUGGCUUAGCUAAUGACUCUCCAAACCUCUCAUACUUCUUCAUCAACACUAUUGAGUACAUCUUCGUGUCCUGCCUCUCUCGUAUUCUUACAGAGGAUGAAGAUCAGAAAGUAGAAGUAGUGGGAAGUGGAUCUGCUGGAAUUAAAAAGAUACAACAGGCAUCUUCUGUGAUUAAUACCAACAUCAGCGAGGUCUUAAUGGCUUCAUCCUUUGAUAUUGCUUUCACCCAGAUCAAGAGAUUCACUAAAACUGAGAGGCAAAAGAUCCUUGAUCUUAAAUUUAAACAACAACAAGAGAUCAAAAUAGCUGAAGAAAAGCUCAAACAAGAAAAAUCUAAAAAAUUUGAAGAACAAAAGAAGCAGCUUGAUAUUCUAGCGAUUCCAGAUGAAGACUACAGUGGCUCUUCUUUAUUCUCCAAUAAAGAUACUCAAAAUAUCGGCAAAGGAUUAUUCGGGUCUUCAUGUGGAGGUAUCUUUAGUCAAAAAGCAUUUGACUGCGCUGAUGGAAAUAACCAAGAUCUAUUUGCAGACAAUUCAGAUUUAUCCCAGUAUCUAGACGACUCUUUAUAUGCUAACAUUGAUUAUGAUUUCUCAAAUUCAAUAAACCAAACGUCGUUUGUUCAGAUAAGUGAUUCUUCAAAAAUUGGUGGGAAAAAGAAUGCUGCAAUGAAGCAGAACUCUUCCGAAAAUUGACACAAUUUGUUCGCCCAAAAACCUUCCUUAAAGUUUGAUAAAAUAGAUGAGCUCUCCUGCAUAAAGUUACUUAGGCUAGUAGAACUUAUGACAUCUGCUGCACAUGAGGAUGCUAAGAUGAAGAAAUUAUGACUAAAAUUCAUCAAAACAGCACACAUUAAUAUUCUGAUACAGAUGAUGGAAGAGACUAGUCCUAAGCUCCAAGGAGUUAUUCUCCAGAUUAUCACUAAUCUCGUCACUAUUGGAGUCCCAAACUUUCUUAUUGAGAAAGCAAUUGGAGGGAAUGAGGAAGAAACGAAGGAAAUUAGCGAAGAGAAGCAUGUUUUCAGGAGCAAAUUCUUGCAAUUUCUGUACCAGAAAUCUCUCAACAUCAAUACAAGCAUUUAUGACAAGAAAAUUGAAGGAGACUCUGAUGAUUUAGAUGUUUAUGAUGUUAUUAUAAGACUAUUUUGACAAAUACUAGGUCAAUCCAGUGAGUCUGAAUGGGCACAGGAAAUUCAAACUCAAUUAUUCAAUAAUCUCUCGUCGUCAAAGAAACAGGAUCUUGAAGAAUCUGAAUUCUGGCUUAAUCUAAUUCAAGGCAGCAGGUUCAACGGAAUCAGCUCUGGAAAAUAUCUAAAGGAUACUUUGGGAAACAUCUUUUUAGCCUUUGGAUUCAGUGAAGAGAAAUUAACCAAAAGUAGCUGAGCAUUGAAAAAAUUAAAAUCGAAGCCAAUUACCAAAACAGGGAAGGUAUUCAAUAGUUUUACUGUGUGCAUGAAUACUGAUAACCCAGCCCCAAUUAAAAAUAAGCUAGAUUAUAUCAGCAUGGACAAAUUGACCCUUCAUACUGCUGAUUCACAACCUAAUGAAGAUUUUCUACUAAAAAGAGAAAACUUAGCAAUAUUUUUGAAGAAAUUUAACUUUUCCAAGAAACCUGAGGAUCAUUCAAUCGAAGAGUUAUACAGACAAUGAAUUAUAACCAAAGUUUUCUUGUACCAUAUACAAAAGUUUGGUGAUAAGUUCGUGAACCUCCUUGAACCCUCAGAGCAGAAGGAAUUGAUAGAGUAUCUACUUAAAACCCCUAUCACAACUAUGAAGGUAGCUAGCCUUGAGUCCUACGAUCAGAGGAUCUUCACUCAGAAGAGCAAUGCUUGUGGAUCACAAGCAAGCUUCUUCAAGUGUCCUAAAUGCUCUUGCUCAAUAAAAGAGAAUAACCUAGUUUUAAAAGUUUUCUACACAGAAGCUCCAGAAGUGUUUACUCAUAAAAUCGUAAGCCAAGGAAAGACUAAACCUGAUAUUAAAGAAAAAUUAGAGAUUGGGUCAUAUACUAUCUUCCCAGCGAAUGAGAUUGGCGUGAAACCUUCAAUGAAUGAAGACAGCUUAUUCAAGAAGGAGACCACGGUAUAUCUCUCCCCAGAUGACUACUCUCAGUUGGUCAAAGAGAUGGAACCUUUCCAAAAGUUAGCUGAGAAGUACACAAGUUAUCCCCAAAAUAAACAGGAGGAGAACUCUGAGAAGAAAGAUAAUCAAGCAGUUUCUCUAUUAAAGAAUAUAGAUUCUUUUAAGGACAAGCCCUCUACAUCAUUAUUUAGCAAAAGUAACAAAAACUCAAUCUUUGGAGAACAAAAUAUUAAAGGAAGUGAAGACCCUGAACCAUCGAAAGCAGUCUCAAUAUUUGCAUCCAAAAAGCCAGGCUCUGAAAUACAGAGCAACAAGGAUAUCAGCAAGAGUAUCUUUUUGGACGAAGCUCAGAGGAAGGAUGAAUCUGUUACUGAAAAUACUAAGGAAGAGGAGAAACAUGAACUUAAAGAGGUCCAACAAGACAUUGAUAUCGAUAUUGAACCUCAAGCUAUAGAUCUCUCUUCAAUAGUCUCUAAAUUCUUAGACAGCAGAAAUUCUACUUCACAGCUUAAAAAUAGCAGCCAGAGUAAAAUCUUUGGAAUAAAAAAGGAAAUACAAGCAGAAGCCGAUACAGAAAGCUCAAAAAUUGAAUUUAGCCCAGAUACGGAGGAUAGGAAAUUACUUAGCGACUACAUUAGCCUUCUAAACGUGAAUAUCUUCUUGCUCAUGACUGAGUCAUUUGAUGAGGAUCUUCAAGAAACUGUUGUGGAUUCAGAAGAGAACUCAGAAAAGUUUUGUAAGAUGCUCACUCUUUUAAUAAACCAACUCUAUUGCUUUAAUGAUCAAAAGUCCAGGGAACAAUCUGAACUAUAUCGUUCUAUUACUACAUUGCUUACAUCUCUGAGUAGUGGAUUAAAGAUCAAAAUUCUACUAGAGAAAUUUGUGCUAAAUGUAGUGGUCAACGGAACACUUUCUUACUUGACAAAGCUCCAUCAAGAUAGUAAAUCUAGCAUUGCCAGACUAGCCACAAACAACAAGGAUGAGAAUUUGAGAGUGAAUAUUAAUUUACUCCCAGAACUUGUUGAAAUGUUGAUGCACCUAUGCCCAGAAGUUUGUCAUACAACUGAGAUAUACACCCAACUUGUUGAGAUUCUCUUCCUCGUGAUAUGCUCAUUUAGCAAAAAUAAUGACUUAUGAAGGAACACUUCAAUGUGCCUGUAUAAGUUGGUGUUUGAGUACUUGUACAAAAAAGAUCAGGAUAAAACCAUUAUUCACAAGCUCCUCAAUUUAGAGGUAGUAAAUGAGAUAUUGGCCAAAGGUUUUGAAGUUAAACUCUUUGAUCAUUAUUCAAGCCUGAAUCCGCUCACAAAUAGCUUAUCUAAUGAGAAGAAGAUAAUGAUAGAGAUCUUGAUGCUAUUCUAUGAGUUAAAGAUCAAAAAUCAAGAUAUUUCAAGUCUCUACGACUCUUGCAAUUUUCUUGAAGAUCUCUUACAGUCGAUCCAGAUUCUAGCGGAAGGAAAGAAAUUUGAGCUAGCUACCUAUCUAAAUCAUUUCAAGAAAGACAAAGGAAAAGAGACAGAAAGAAAGAAGUUGGUCUACGCUACAGCUUGUCCAAGAUACAGGCAUAGCUUUAGAGCAAAGAUUGAUGUCAGAAAUUGAUCUCCUGCCAGCCUCACUAUAAACCCAAAAUCUAAAUUGACUUAUGGACCAUUAAUGAUAUCUAAGGAUAUAGAAGGCCAAGAAGUUAUUCAGAAAGCAGAUAUCUCUAAUUUAGGCUCUCUAAAACCAAUACCUGUGAAAGAGGGAUCCUUAUACCUCCAUUAUCCCUAUUAUCCAAACAAGAUAUGGGCUUGAGGCAACAAUUUCGAACUUGAUGAACAGGGAAAAUUAGAACUAAACUCUAAUGAAUGUAUCACUCUAACUUCUGAAAUAAAGCAAUUCAAGGAAGGACUCAUUCUGACAGCCAAAGGAGAAUUAUACUGUUCAUCAAAAACUGGAGAAAUACGAGACUGUAUUAAGCUUGAGAAAUUUUCAAAGGAACUUCCCCAGGAACCCAUUAGAAGUAUCUUCUCAACAUCUAGGAGCUACGGACUCAUUACCGAGACUGGAGGUAUUUACAUCCAUGAGUUAGAAUGAUCAGAUAGCCAAGAUUCCCAACAAGAGAGUAAGGGCUUCGAGCGCAUCCCCAGACCAAAUGAGGAUACUGAGAGAAUACUCCAUAUAGAUAUGGGUCCAGAAUCUGUGAUAUACACAACAGUGAACAAGAAACUAUACAUUGGCACCCUUUCCUCUGAAGAAAAUGCAUCAAAGUAUCAAUUCAAAGAGCACAUUCUCAAAGAAGGAAUUGAGCCUCUUGAAGUAGCUGCUUCACAGUUUGAAGGAGAAGAGAAGGUUUACAUGUGACAAAUAAAAUUUGAAGGUAAAACUCAGCUCUGGUCUUGAGGACAAUCUCAAAUAGGGCUUCAUGGCAAAGGAUCUGAUGAAAUAAUUUCACCUGAAUUCUCUCGUCUGGACUAUGAUGAGAACAUAUCGUUUACAAAAUUUAGUAUCUCCGACCAAUCAGCAAUGGCUGUUACUGAUACAGGAGAGCUAUAUGUAUGGGGCCAGAAUAAAUUUGGAAUCAAAGAAUCAGAUUAUCUCCAACACAUAUCAAAACCUACUAUGGUAGAAUGCUUGGCUGAUUAUGAGGUUCAUGAAGCAAAAUGAGGGAAAGAUACAGAUAUUCUCUAUGUUUCCUCUAAGACUGAUGUUGAUGUACAUAAGCUGUUCUUAGUCAAGGAAGUCGCUGCUCUUGAGCAGAACAAAAGCCCUCAAUACUUGCAUGAAAUUCAGACAUCCGAGAGCAAUUUUCCUCCUAGUUGGAUUGAGACAGGAAGACUUGGGUGCUACAUAAAUUUUUUGACUACAUAUCCAAAUAACUUCCAGAGUGAUAUCCAUCAUGGAUAUAAAUGUGCAGUAACAGGAGAAACACCCAUUGUGGGAACUUUACAUUUUUGGAAACAGAACUCUGAAUGGGUUUACCUCUCAGAAAAAGGUUACAGACAUCUUCGAACUCAGGAAGAAAGUAAGAGUGACCAACAUGAACAGAUACAAAUUCCAAGUUUCUGCUUUGCAACUAAAAAUUUCAUCAAGAAUAUCCCUGAUAAAGCAUGGCCUGAUUUCAGUAAAGUCCUCACCCCAUUCAAAAUCCCUCCAAAAUACAUCGCUUUCAACAAACAUUUCCUGCACACCCUCCAUCCACCGCCUGCGCUCACAGAAGACUCCUUCUUCUCUCCUGACGCUAACGACUUGAACCCCCUGAUCUACUACAGGUUCACUCGGCAGCUCCAGUCAAAUCCAGGUUACCCAGCUCCACUUGAAUCAUCAAAAUGAUCUUUCUUUAUGCCAGUACUCGAUUUAAAGGAGUACUUCGAACUUUCAAAUGAGACUGGACUUCAAAUAGAAAUUUCUCAGGACCAAACUUCUUUGAGAUUUGAAAAUGAACAGGAACAAAUCAGAUUCGAAGUUAUUACAGAAUUUAUGCGAGACUUUGACCGUAAACUGGACAAAGAGUUAUUUGAGAAAGUUGACCAAUAUAUUGUGGAUAAUAAGGUAAAAGUCCAAGGGGAAAAGGAUGAAGUAAAAAUCCAGUUCUUGGCAUUUCAGUCUCAAGAACUUAGAGAUAUCCCUCCAGAGAUGCUACAAUAUCGAGUUGAUGCCCUUCUGAAGCUUAAUAAGAGCUACCUUGAAGGAAUCAAUAUGGUCUAUGAUGACCAUUCUAUAUCAAAUAGGUUGACAGAUAUUAAUCCGAAUGCAUUCUCUGCCUUGAUGGCUAAGUCAGCCUCUCUUGGAUUGAUCUCAAUCAAAAAUACUUAUGUUGAUAGUGAAUUGAAGAGAUUAGGCACAAGAAACAGCUCCGAGCCAAAAAUUACUUUUGAUCGAGUCAGAAUACAAGAGAGAAGAGAUCAGAACAAUGUUGACCACAGUGGUAUUUGGACAAUGUUUGGUACAGCAAUGAAUUCAUGUAAAAGGAAUAACUAUUCAGCACUCAAAAUAAAUAAAUCCUCAGAAAAAUGCUGGAGUGCAGAAUUUAAAGGUGAAAACUCUGUUGAUGCAGGAGGACCUUACAGAGACUCACUUUCAAAUAUUAUCGAAGAACUUUAUACAAACUCCUUGCCACUUUUGAUUCCUACUCCGAAUAAUAAAAAUGAUCAUGGAGAAGGGAGGGAUUUGUGGACUCUGAAUCCUGCAUCUAGUACUCAAGAUCAUUGAGAAAUGUACAAGUUCUUAGGUGCAUUAAUGGCAAUGGCCUUUAGAUCUGGACAGGUUAUCAACGUAAAGUUCCCAUCAAUUAUCUGGAAGAGGUUACUCGGUAGAAAGCCUACUCUUGAUGACUUAUUCAGAUGAGAUGCUUACGCAGCCCAGCACCUCCAGGAGAUCAUGAAAGCUAAAGAAUCUAUGACAAAAGAAGAAUUUGAGGAAUCAGUUGUUCUCAAGUGGAAGACAACUCAGUCAAACGGAGAACUGGUCUACCUGAAGUCUCAAGGAACAGACAAUAGAAUUCGGUAUGAGGAUGUUGAAGAGUACUGCAGCCAAGUUAUUAAGACCAGGUCUGACGAGUUUUCUCUACAAAUAGAGGCUCUCAUCAAAGGCUUCAACUUGAUAGUUCCUUUGUAUAUUGGAAAAAUCUUGAGUUGGCAAGAAUUUGAAGAAAGAAUCAGAGGCCCAAAUGAAAUUUCAGCUGAAGUAUUACAAUCAAUAACUACCUAUCCAGGCUGUUCUUCCUCAAACGAGGGUGUUAAGAGAUUUUGGAGAGUUUUUAAAGCAUUCUCAAAUGAAGAGAAGUCUAGAUUCCUUAAAUUUGUUUGGGGAAGAGAUCGCUUGCCUAUCAAGUCAAAGCUUAAGGCAGAAUUUAAACUAGAUAUGUAUCAUAAUCCAUCUGCUGCAAAUGAUGCUAAACUUCCGACAUCAGCUACAUGCUACUUCAGACUCUACAUUCCAAACUACACCACAGAUGAAAUAUGUAGAUCUCAGUUAUUGUUGGCCAUAAAUUCCUGUGGAGAGAUUGACAAUGAUUAAGCCCUAAGGCACAGAUAAUUUCAACUCAUUCACAGCCUCUUUAAGAAUUUA